CCUUCUGGCUCGUGCGGAGCCAGCGAGGACAUGCGUAGCCAUGGCCGCCGUGCUUGCACCGUAGCCGCCGGCGCCGCGGCACUCCUGAGCCACCCGCUCUCGAAGCGCCCACGGGUCUCGGGGGCCGUGCCGUUUGUCCCGAUGCGCGUCCUGCAGUGGAACGUGUUCGAGGACGGCCUCACGGAUGCGCCUGGCAGUCUCGGAUUCUCUUCCGAGUUUGACCGCAGGUUCUCCACCGUUCUCGGCCACCUGUGCCGGAGCGGCAGCGGCAGCGACUUCUUGGGCUUCGGUAAGGCGCGGGACUUCUCACAGCUACCCCCGGUCGGCCCGAUCGACUCCACAAGCGCGUUCUUCAGCUUCAUCGACGUGGUGUACUGUGCUUUGUACCACUCGUUGGGCGGGGAGGCGAGGUUCGGCGACAGCGCACCCGGCGAUGCCCCCAACCUCGGCAACAGCCUCCGCACACUGUUCCUGCACAGUGCGCCGACAGAGCCGGCUGGGAGCACCUCGCCGACGGAAUGGCACACUCCUCGGUUCGAUGAGGAGCUCAAGAAGAUCUCCGCCCCCACCGCCGUGGCUGACCGCGUCAGGCGCUUGAGGGGUCAGGUUUUCGAGCCUUCUCGGGGGGUGCUGAGCUGGGACAGGGCAUCGUUGGACGGCGUGUGGAAGCGAGACAAGAACGUCUGGAGGGACAAGUGGAUUCCAGACCUGUCCGCGAUGAUGUCUCCGCCGCCGGCGCUUGAGCCGGAGGUGGCAGAGGCCCUCUCGAGGCUGAUGCACGUGGCCAGAGACGGCGACCGCGACGACACCGACAUGACGUCGCUGAUCGCCGUGUCGCUCGGCGACAGCGGCGACCUCCAGCGGGUGAGGACCUUCACUCUGCAGGCGUCGGUGCGGUGGCUGCUCGUGCAGAUGUGCCAGCACUCGGCCGACAAUGCGCAGGCGGGCCCCGCCGUCGCCGCCUUCGCCGGCCUCGGCGAGGCGCCGGGGUCGGCGGAGGCGCGGGCGGACGCGCUGCUGCCGGAGGUGCUGCGUGCGGUCGAGGCCUGGUUCUCGGAGGCGGUGCUGGCGUCCAGGCACGCCAGGGUGUGCCAGCGGGUCGGGCAGCUGAGCCCAGACGUGGCGACGCUGGUGGAGUUCGACGAGCAGUGGCGCCGGCACGGGCUGCCCGCCAGCAGGCGCUACGCGGCGGUGUCGGGAAGGGGCACGGCGUCGGUCAUGUUCGACUCCGACCAGUUCGAGCGCGUGGAGGAGUUAGGCGGGGUCAAGGUCGCGCAGACGAUCCAGGAGCAGCACGGGGUCUGCCCCAAGUCCUCCUGCGUCGUCCUGCUGCGCCGCAGGGGGGACGCCGCCCUCGUGCUGGUGGCCGCCGUGCACCUGGAGAGCGCCCCGCCGAGCGACAGCGCGAAGGUUCAGCUGCGCGCCGGGCAGCUGCGCGCCACGCUGGCCCACCUCUCCGAGACCGCGACACCCUUGCGGCCGCCGGGCACGGCCUCGCGCUCGUGCUGGGCGGGGACUUCAACGCCCUGCCGGAGGAGUUCCUGCACGGCAGCGGGGGCGCCUUCUGGCAGUCUCCGGCCGUCGAGCGCGUGCGGCCGCGGCUGA